AUGUCGUCUUCCACCAAGUCGGUUGAUCUUGAACGGGUAAACGAGAUUCUUGCGGAGGAUAUGAUGGAUCGAAUUAGGAGUCCUCAGGCGGACGCGGAUAUCGAGAAAACAGUCGAUCAACUGGACGACAGUUGGCGUAGACCCCCUCGGAGAUGGCCGCUCCCCAUGUUGUUUAGCUGUUCUAUCCGUUAUACGGAUUUUCGGGCCACUUAUAUGGAAAAACUGUCCAAACGGCCAAACGUUCUGCCAAAAAUAAAUAGAAGGAGAAAAGAGAUUGCUCAUGAGGAGAUGACGUCCCGAGCUGAGAUCAUUGCGAAAAUGCAGUCAUCGGCCGCACAAAGAGAAAAAGAACCUAGCCUUCAAAUCGUUGAAACUUCGGCUGCUAAGAGAUAUUCCACCAGGUCGACUCAUCGCAAGAGGCCCGCCAACCCUCUUCCAAAUCCGCCUUUGAAAAAAGCGAGCAAGAACACUGCCGAACAUGGUGACACUUCAAGUAAGCUUGCCAUGGAGUGGGAUGGUGGUGAGUUGGGAAAGAGAAGGAUGCUCCCGUACAUCAGGAUGGUUCUCUUACCUAUUUGA